AUGAAGGAUAAAGUCGUCAUAGUAACUGGAGCAAACUCUGGCAUCGGUCUUGAGUUAACUAAACUUUUGUGUUUGGCAGGAGCGAAAGUUAUCAUGGGUUGUAGGACGUUGAAAAAAUUUGAAGAUGCCAAAACUGAAAUUUUGCUCGAAGUUGCGACAGCUGACGUCAAAUUUUUGCAAUUAAAUUUAUCAUCAUUCAAAUCCAUCAGAAACUUCGCUAGCGAAUUUUUAAAAAGUGAAAGCAAAUUGGACAUGCUUAUAAAUAACGCUGGAGUGUUGAACUCAGAAGCGGAUGAACAAACAGAAGAUGGAUUCAACUGGGAAAUACAAGUCAACUACCUCGGUCACUUCUUAUUGACCCAAUUAUUGCUGGACAUUCUCAAAAAGACACCGAACAUACUCGAGCACGUGUUUCGGAAUUUCAACCAACUGAAUAAUAAAGACUUAGUGAGAGGCUCUGCUUAUUCAGUCAGUAAAUUGGCCAUGCUACUUUUUACGAAAGAGCUUGCUUCAAUCAUUGGCCAAAAUGACCCGUCAGUAAAUGCGGUCAACCCCGGAGUCGUGAACUCUAACCUCUACAAUAACCUGACCUUCAAGAAGAACCCAAUUAUGAACAUCAUGAUUGGUCCGAUUUUCUGGUUCUUCGUUAAACCUCCGAGAUGUGGGGCGCAAACUGCUCUCCACUGCGCUUCGAAUUAUGAUUGGCUGGGUGGAAACAGAAGUGGUGGUAAUGAUACUGAUGUUGAUGGUGGCAAUGGCGCCAAAAGACCGACUGGCAAAUUAUUUCAGUUACUAUUAUUUAUUGUUCUUAUUUUUCUAUAUUUAUUCUUUUUUAUAUUCUUCUUAUUAUUGUUGUUAUUCUCGUAG